CAAGAUUGCGACUACAGUUUUUCUUAAUCCCAGAAACCGCAUUCGCUGAGCCGUUGUGGUAGUUUACCUGAGCAUUCACGAUUCACGGUUCGAUUUCAUUCAUUUGACUCCACUCGGGAGGCAGUUGUUCAUCCUGUUUAAGUUUUUAAGACAAAGUCUAGGCUACAUCGCGUCACUUGAAAAGAACAGCAUCGUUUUACUUAGAGCUACUCAGACCCUUUAUUUGCUUAUCUUUUAUGUCUGAUUUGUUCGGUUUCUGUGCAACUACCAUCAGAGUAAAAUGAUUGAGAGACCUGAUUCUGCAGUCCCCAGCAUAGCACAGAGGAAUCUGGAGGGGUAUGUCGGGUUCGCCAACCUCCCCAGCCAAGUUUACAGGAAGUCUGUGAAGAGAGGUUUCGAAUUCACACUGAUGGUCGUUGGUGAGUCUGGUUUGGGGAAAUCCACUCUCAUCAACUCUCUCUUCCUGACUGAACUGUACUCCAAGGAUUACCCCGGGCCCUCUCAGCGCAUCAAGAAGACGGUGCAGGUGGAACAGUCCAAAGUGCUGGUGAAGGAGGGGGGAGUUCAGCUCACUCUCACCAUUGUGGACACGCCGGGGUUUGGGGACGCAGUGGACAACAGCAACUGCUGGCAGCCUGUAAUUAACUUCAUUGACAGUAAGUGUGAGGACUUCCUGAAUGCAGAGUCCAGGGUCAACCGCAGGCUGAUGCCAGACAACAGGGUGCACUGCUGCCUGUACUUCAUCGCCCCCUCUGGUCACGGGCUGAAGCCGCUGGACAUCGAGUUCAUGAAGCGUCUUCACGACAAGGUCAACGUCAUCCCCCUCAUCGCCAAGGCCGACACCCUCACCCCCGAGGAGUGCCACCUCUUCAAAAAACAGAUAAUGAAGGAGAUCCAGGAACACCAGAUUAAGAUCUAUGAGUUCCCCGAUGUGGAGGAUGAUGAGGACAACAAGCUGAUCCGCAAGAUCAAGGAGAAAAUGCCCCUGGCAGUGGUUGGCAGCAACAUGGUGAUUGAGGUGAACGGCCGGAAGGUCAGAGGUCGUCAGUACCCCUGGGGCGUGGCGGAAGUGGAGAACGGAGAGCACUGUGACUUCACCAUCUUGAGGAACAUGCUGAUCAGAACCCACAUGCAGGACCUGAAGGACAUGACUAAUAACGUGCACUAUGAGAACUACCGCAGCAGGAAGCUGGCAGCAGUCACCUGUAAUGGAGUGGACAUCACCAAGGCCCGGGGCCAGCUCACUAAGAGCCCGCUGGCACAGAUGGAGGAGGAGAGGCGCGAACACGUGUCAAAGAUGAAGAAGAUGGAGACUGAGAUGGAGCAGGUGUUCGAGAUGAAGGUCAAAGAGAAGAAGCAAAAGCUGAAGGAUUCGGAAGCGGAGCUGGAGAGGCGUCAUGAGCAGAUGAAGAAGACUCUGGAGGCGCAGUACAAGGAGCUGGAGGAGAAGAGGAGGCUGUUUGAGGAGGACAGAUCCAACUGGGAGGCUCAGCAGCGUGUACUAGAGCAACAGAAACUAGAAGCCUCGAAGACCAUGGAAAAGAACAAGAAGAAAGGGAAAAUCUUUUGAGCCCUCGACCAGGUCCUCUUGCAUUACACACACACAAACACACAUGCUUGCACACACACACACACACACACACACACACUUCUUCACUCUUCUCUCUCUGUCUCUCACACACACACAGACACACACAUGCACACACAAAGAAAAUGCACACAAACACCUCUCAAACAUGCACACACUCCUUUCUCCUCUCUCUCUCACACAAACACACAUUCUUUAUCUCAUUCGCUCACUCUCAUACAUACACACACACACACACACACACACAUAAACACAUUCCCCUGUGACUCAGGGUGCAAAGAGUGAACUGAAGGUGUGAGUUUGGGUGGAGCAGGUGUUGUAAUUUCCCAUCAGCGUCAGUGGUGCGGAGGAGUCUUCUUCUUUGGUGUUUAGUCCGAAUUUCGAAAGUUUGUCCGGCAAAUUUGUGUUUCAAGAGGUCAAUUUAUUUAUAAUCGUUUUUUAAAAUGGAUUUACUGUACGUGAAAGUGAGUAUCGCAGGAGAACGCUACAUGUCUGUGCGCGUCUGCGCGUGUUUGUCUAUGCAAACUGGGAUCACGGUAAACGCCUGAUCUGUCACUCAGAACAGCGACCAAUGUUAAUUCAGCUUCAGUGAAUUAAUGAUUAUGUUUUUAAGUUCAGCCUUUAACAUGUUAGCAGCCUGUGAUGGCUUGGCAGGAGGACAGUUGACCUGUUGAGUGCAUGAUGUCAUUCAGAGAGGAAGAUAUUGAACAUAAGUAUAAUGGUUAUAAUGAUGUUGUGUGUAACUGUCAUAUGGGGACUGUCAUUUGGGCAGUGGGACACAGAGUCACUCAGCAACUGAGGACAGCUAACCUCUCUGUUUGUAUAUAUAUGUUUUUGUUUCUUUUUUUAAACGUAAUUAAACUACAGGUCCCUUUAAGACGGUGAGGUCCCGGUAUACUGUCAGACUUAUAACACACACACACACACACACACACACACACACACACAAACACACUGUUGGCGAAAACACACACACACCUCCCAUCACAGGAAGUUGAGAAGGUAUUGCCCAGACCCAUGCUGUAGCUGUAUGUAGAUGUGUGAUACAGCAAGUAACCAUGGCAACACACAAAGUUUGACAUCAUUUUAGCACCGCCCUGUCUCCCUGGCUACCUGGUUGUCUCAGUAACGGACACCCAAAAUCCUGAGUGUGAGUGUUCCAUGGGCGACUGACGUCCUUGUGUGGAUUCCGUCAUCCUUCAACCGUCAACCUUUCUUGACCAGCCAUCCUUUUUAAUGGUGGAUAUGACUAUGACUUGCUUAUUUUUUGGUCUUUUUAUUUUGUCUUACAUGUACGCGGUUUUUAACUCAUAGUCUCUUUCGAUGUAUUCAGUUAUCACGUUCUCUCUGCCUAACUGUACAUUAUUAAUAUUAAACGUGGAAAGACUUGGCCAAUG